AUGCACACCGUUGCUGCUCUUUUUCUGCUCUCUGGCUCGCUCGUGCGCGCUGCCGUUCACGAAGUCUGGUGGAACAUCACCUAUGCACAAGCUAACCCAGACGGUCUCAAGGAGCGUAGAGUCAUUGGCGUGAAUGGAACUUGGCCACCACCACCCAUCGAGGUCACCAGAGGAGACACGCUCAAAGUUCAUGCUCUCAACGGCUUGGAUGUGCCGACAAGUCUGCACCACCAUGGCAUGUUCUUCCGUAACCAGAGUUAUUUCGACGGCGCUGUUAGCAUCACUCAGUGCGGCAUUCCGCCGGGUGACGAAUUCAUCUAUGAAUUCCCCAUCACCGAGCAGUACGGCACCUAUUGGGUGCAUGCCCAUUCAAGUGGCCAAUACGUCGACGGACUUCGUGCACCGUUCAUUAUCCACAAUACCCCCGAAGUGCACAAGUACGAUGACGAAUACACGGUCAUCCUUGGUGACUGGUAUCAUGAGGAACACACGGUCCUCAACUCUCAGUUCAUGAGCAAAUGGAAUCCUGGAGGCGCAGAGCCUGUCCCCAAAUCGUCAAUCAUGUACUUCUCGCACAAUGGUACCUAUCUGCCCAACUUCAACGCCGAGGCGUCCAUCAACUUUGCACCCGGCAAGACGUAUCGCUUGCGCAUUGUCAAUACCUCUGCGCUCGCCAUGUUCUACUUCUGGAUCGACGGCCACGAGAUGCGCAUCAUCGAAGCAGAUGGAACUGAUCUCGAGCCUGUGACGGCAAAGAUGCUUGCAAUCACCGUGGCGCAACGCUAUUCUGUCCUCGUUACUGCACGCAACACGACCGAUUACAACUGGGCCAUCCAUGCGAACAUGGACGAGGAAAUGUUCGAUUUCGUUCCCGCUGAUCUUCAACUGAACCAAACUUCGACCAUUGUUUACAACUCUUCUGCUCCGCUCAACGAGCCGAGUGUUGUAGACGCAUACGAAAACUCGGUGGAUGAUACUGAACUUCGCCCGUACACACCUCAAACUGUGGGUACACCGUACCGCUCAGUUGAACUUGGUGUAUUCUUCGAUACGUUCGACAAUGGUGUCAACCGCGCUGCAUUCAAUAACGUAACAUGGAACCCGCCAGUUACCCCUUCUCUUUUCUCUCAGCUCAGCAUGGGCAAGGAUGCGGAGAACGUUCAUAUCUAUGGCCCAAACACCGAUGUUCUCGAGUUCAACAAGACUUUUGAAUUCACUGUCAUCAACUGGGACGCCGGCAAGCAUCCAUUCCAUUUGCAUGGCCACAAGUUUGCCAUUGUACACAAGUCGUGGGAUGUCGCAUCUAAUGAUCCGACACUGAACCCUCCGCGCACGGAGAACCACCCAAAUCCUCUUUGGCGUGAUACAGUGCAGAUCCCCCCAGGUGGUUCCGUCACGAUGCGUUUCCUGACUGAUAACCCAGGGACGUGGUUCUUCCACUGCCACGUUGAAUGGCACUUGGAAGCCGGACUGGCAUAUACGUUCCUCGAGGCACCGACACUUGCCCAGGAACUCGUGCACCCUCCACAAUUCAUGUACGACCAUUGCGCGAAAUUGGGCGUUCCGUAUACUGGCAACGCGGCUGGACGCAAUAGCACGACAGAUUUGCGAGGACUUAACGUCGGUCCGUAUCCACAAAGACUUGGAUGGACACCAAAAGCGAUUGGUGCCAUGUUUGCUUGCGUCUUCAGUGCCGUCUGUGGUGGUCUGACCAUUGUCUGGUACGCGCUCGUCGGUGGGCAGGUUCCAGCUGCAUGA